UAUUAGAUAACUGCACAUUUCAAGCACAGGACGUCCAAGCCGUCGUCUGCGAAAAUACUGCGAUAUUUUCCGAUUUAAUGAAUGUUAACAAGAAAACAACGAGUCUGAGCGAAUUGUGAAAGGACCAGGGGUAUUUCUGCUGAGGAAUUGACGAAAAAGAAGGUGAAAAUGGCUAGUGGUAUGGAAGUUGUCGAAUUGGACGCGACCCCCUCCUCUGGAGACAAGGGUGUCCAGAACGUGCUGCGAAACCUGGACGACGACCUCCAUCUGAAGAACACGAUCUCCAUGAUCGAGUCGGUUGGAAAGUACAUGUACGUCUCGACGAACGCUGCUGCGAGGGAUGCAAAACAGUUGGUGAAGGUCCAGGACUGUCUCUUUAACAUAAUAAAGCUCACCGAUGCCUGUUCACUGAUGAUGCAAAGCUUCCAAAGUGGAGCUUAUAACAUAUUAGAGAAGCUGAAAGUGGCCUACUUGUAUUUGCUAGACGGCUUCCCUGACUUUGCUAUGACAGACAUUGAGGCGAUCUCUAAAGAUGUCGGCUCAAUGCAGAGUGCUGUAGACAAGCAUUUGAAAUCAGAGAAGAAGACGGCCGAGAAGAUUACCGAUACCCACGCUGUUGUGAAGGAAGAGUUGGGUAAGCUUCAACCAAAGGUACGGGCUAUUGAAGAACUGGAGAAGAAGAAGAAGCAAGAGGUUGCCGGUCAGAAACGUGGUAUUCAUGGUGCACCAAGUAAUGGCGGUGAGGGAGAAGUUGAAGCUGGAACUGGUGAAGACCCGCCUGCUAAGGCCAAGACUCGGAUUUCCAAGUUGUACGUCUUCAUGCUGGUACUAGUUGCUGUGAAGUAUUGGUGUGGCUGUGGCGUUUGUGAACAGUUCAGCUCAUAUAUGGACAAGUUCGGCUGUAAAGGUUGUCUGCAGGUCCAAUCCGUCAUUUGCACCGUGGUACUACUUGUACUCUUACUCAAAUGGGUCAUGGAUUCCGACUGCCGUAAUAAGGCCAAUGUGGUGCUAGCAUGUGCUCUCUGUGGCUUACUUUUCGGUUCUGUUUCGCCCCAGAAAGAUGGCGGAUUAAUAAGGAAUUCCGCAAGCCAGUCUUUAAGCUACGGCAGUAGUAUGUUUGCUGAGGCGUAUUCUGGUGAGCACGAUGGUACUGAAAACAUAUGGUUUGGCAGUGACGGAUCGAAAUCACAUAACACGAAGGCAGAAGUUAAAAUGGCGACCAAGGCAGACGCUACUGGCUUUGCGAUCAAUAAACCGGGUGAUGUGCCAGAUAACACUGCAGAAACAAACGGUAACACUGAUGGAACAGCUAACGAAGGUACAUGUAGUAAUUGGGACUUAUUCUACGUGCAUGUUUGUUACAUACCAGGAACAAGAACGCGUGCCUUUGCAAAGCAGUUGAAACGCCCGAAUUGCGGAUCCGAUUGCAAACCCGAAUGUUGUUACCCGCCGAACCCAUGGUAUCCACUCCUCUCACUCCCGGUCAUUCUAAAUGCUGUGUACAGCCAGGCGAGGAAAAACUUGGACGAUUCUUUCUUUGGACCGAACGUGCUGAUUCUACAACUUGUUAUGUCUGUAGGUAUCUGGUGUCCCCUCCCCAACACUAUUCUGGAAUAUCUUGGACCUUUCGAAAUCGCUAACAUCGGAGUCAUAUCAUCUGGUAUAUUUGCUUUGGUCAUAUCAGUGAGCAUCCUUAGAGCCAGGUCUAAGGGAAACCAAACCGUUGAUGGCUUCACUGUUCGGCCUACUCGAGGAGAUAUUUCCACUGCUGAAGAAGAACUCUUGGAGAUACAAAGAGAUCUCAAGUUGGCGAAGACACAGCUAGAAAGCACUGAAUUGACUGAUCUUCUAUUUGAGAGGAGUCUUCCCUAUCUGCUUGGGAUUGAGGACAUACUGUCCAAGUCGAUCACGCUCGUGGAGACGUGGUACAAGGAAUGCAAGGGCGUGGUUGAACCGAACAUGGGCAGGAACAUCGGCCGAGCUGCUAGCAUUGAUGAGAAUGACAGAAAGCAAUACUGGAGCUCCAUGCAGUUCAAACAAGAGGUUGUAGGAUACUACUGCAGAUGGAAAGCCCUGCAGGUCUACUGCGAGGAUAACCGCAAGUUCAUCCGGACGGCGAGACAGAAGAUCGAGACCUGGUACACGGAGAACCUUCACCCGAGAGAGGCCGUGGCCAAGUCCUGGACGCAGGCGGCAGAACUGGACGACCCUGAAGUGCAGGCAUUUUUGAGGACCCAUGGACGAGGUGGGAUGUAGGUCUCAUUCCAUUGUCCUACUGGAGUGCUCAUCACUGACAGCCAUAUUCUUAGUGAUACAAGUGUCAGUUGAAGAGUACAGUACACUUUGGAUGUUGGCACGGUCUCGGCUCGAGUUCUUGAACUGUCUUGUACAUGUUGGCCUAUCAUACAUCGAUAUUGAAAGGUGUCAGUCGUGUAUAAGAACUAGGGUACUAGGCUGCGUAUCAUUAGCUAGGCUGUUCCAUUGUGAACGUGUGGGCCUGUGGCGCUGUUUUCUGUUGUCAUACAUGUUGUGUGUGGCGCGUCACAAGGCCACUGUGCGAACACCGACAAGGAAAACUGCACACGGGAACAUACUAUGGAUACGCCGCAUUGCUGUCCCGAGACCUAAUGAGACAAUGCCAGAUUAGAGACACGUUAGGGGGUCAUAACAGGAGAUGAACUUGUAGUCGUAGUAGGGCCAGGGUGGGAGGGCGAGGUAGAUAAGCGUAGACAAGCGACUCAAGCGGUACGAAGAAUGGGAAAAUCGGGGGCCUCCCCCUGAUCGAUUUCCUCCGGGUGGGUUAGAUAAUAUGGUAUCUUAAUGUUCCAAAUUAGGGCUAAGAACUUUGAUCAGUUUGGUGUAAGAAAGGCCUGCAGGUUAGGACAGUGCAGGUCUGAGAGCUGUGACGAAGACCAUGAACGCAAAAACGCAUCUUAGCUUCGGUCAUUUAGAAUCAUUUCCUUUCAAUGUGUAGUUAUUUGAGUUCUCUCAGUUUAUGAUAUGUAUAUGCAGGCUUUUUUCGUUACGUAUAUAAGGUUCAUAUUAUAAUGGCCUCCUGCUUGACCUUGUAAUGUUAUCAGGGCUUGUGAUUGAUUUCGAAUGUUCAAAAUUGUCACUGUAUUUCUAUUUUCUAUUCGAUGAAGUCUAUAACGUGAACAGCGUCGGCCGAUUUUGCAUAUGAAUGAUUGUAUGGCUGACUAUGUUCAUUUAUAGCUCGUCAGGUAUUGAUGUUCUUUCGUUUUGAUUGUUUGAAAACGAUAUGAAAUCUUCACAAGAGUGAUUCUGCCAAAUGCACAGCAUCGGUGACCUCUCUGUAAGAUGUUUCUGGGUGUUACGCUUGUGGUGACGGUGUGAAACCUGUUUAGUAUAGCACAUUAACAAGAUAUGAUGACUCAAGAGUAUAUUUCCAACAAUCUGUCUUCAAAUGACACUAGAUGUUCACUGUGUAAUAGUGACUGUGUCUCGAGUUCGUACGCUUGUGCCUUGCGAAUAAACUUGCUUUUGUCCA